CCCACUCCCCAACCCCAGACACCACAGCCAGCAAUCAGACCAUGGACGGCGGCGGCGGCGGCGGCGGGCGGCCAGCGCUCCAGCCUGCGGCGGCCGGAGGAGGGGCGUCGGGCCCGGACGAGCCCCGCGACGCGCGCGUGGUACGGGAGCUCCUCCGCUCCAUGGGGCUCGGCGAGGGCGAGUACGAGCCGCGCGUCGUGCACCAGUUCCUCGACCUCGCCUACCGCUACGCCGGGGACGUGCUCGGCGACGCCCAGGUCUACGCCGACCACGCCGGCAAGCCCCAGCUCGACGCCGACGACGUCCGCCUCGCCAUCCAGGCCAAGGUCAACUUCUCCUUCUCCCAGCCGCCGCCCCGCGAGGUUCUACUCGAGCUGGCACGCAGCCGGAACAAAAUCCCGCUGCCCAAGUCCAUUGCUCCACCCGGCUCGAUUCCACUGCCACCUGAGCAGGACACCUUGCUGAGCCAGAACUACCAACUCCUACCUGCAUUGAAGCCGCCAACUCAGACCGAGGAAGCAGAAGAUGAGGAAGAGGGCGCCAACGCAGACGCGGCCAAUGCUAACCCAAACUCCUCGCAGGAUCAGAGGGGCAACGAGCAGCAGCAGCAGCCUCAGAGCCAGAGCCAGGGCCAGAGGGUUUCUUUCCAGCUUAACGCCGUGGCCGCCGCAGCUGCAAAGCGUCCUCGAAUGACGAUUGAUCAGCUGAACAUGGGCUGACUGGCUGUUGUAGAUCGUUGGCUGGUCCCUGGUACUCUGUGUCAUUGUGUCAUUGCUGUUGUAGAUCGUUGGCUGAUCCCUGGGAUCGCUCUUUCUGGCCAUCACCCUCCAAUUUCACCAUUCAGAUUGUUCAAAAAAGUAAUAAUUCACCAUGAGAAACGCUGAUGCUUGAGGAAAGGGAGCAGCCUUGCAAAUAAGUGUGUGUUGUAGCCGUGCACCCCAGGUUGAUUUGUUUCUGUCCAUUGUUGUCAACUUGGUUUGUUUUGUAGAUUAUAUUUACUUGUCGAACUUGAGCUGUUCCAUUGCUGUUUCUGAAUACCAAAUCAGUGUUCCUAUU